CGUCAGCGUUGCCAGCGUGGAAUUCACGUCGCUCUGCAGGUCCAGGAAGUAAACUGUCCGGUUCGGUCAGUGCUUAACUGAACUCACACACGGAGACGGAUCAUUAAAUAUACGCGAUCAAUUCAAGCACGACAAUUAAACAAUUCCACGGGCUUUCCCGGAGAGUUCUGCAGGGGCAUCCCGGCGUUACCUUGGAGCUGAUUGUCUGCGUCCUCUUCCACGGAGGGCAGGAGUCAAACUGUCAGCUGAGGGCUUUAAAGGACACAAACACCUUCCAUGAUGAUGGUGGACGCUGCUCUGGCUCAGGUGGGAAAAAAUCUGAGUGAAGCCAUGAGGAUCCUCGGAGAUGGACAGAUGGAAGCGGAUGCAGGAACAGAAAGCCGGCGGUUGAGUAGAACCAUCAUCCCUGGACCCCUGCAGGGAGAUGGUCAGGAUGUCACCACUAUACUGCACCUUGUUCACCACCUCAUUCAUGAAGAGGAGGAUGAGGAGGAAGGGAAGGACAAGCCGAGCCAAGCGAUGCAGAACGUGGGGGAACAGGGCCACAUGGCUCUGCUGGGUCACAGCCUGGCAGCCUACAUCUCAGUGCUGGGCCGAGAGCGACUGCGGAAGCUAACCACUCGCAUUCUGUCUGACACCACACUGUGGCUGUGCAGGAUCUUCAGGUAUGAGAGCGGCUCUGCCUAUUUCCAUGAAGAUGACAGGGAUGGCCUUGUAAAGGUCUGUCGGCUCGCCAUCAAUGCCCGUUAUGAGGACUAUACUACUGAAGGCUAUGCUGUUUUAAGCUCCACACAGCCAGUGAUCUACCAAAGCGCCUCCUGCAGGCCGGGCCUGGGACAACACCUAUGCAGCCAGCUUGGCUUGCCUCUGUCCAGCCUGUGCACAGUGCCAUGUAACACCAUCUUUGGAUCCCAACACCAAAUGGAUGUUGCCCUGUUGGACAAACUGAUCAAAGAGGACAUAGAAGCUGGGAAGCUUCCUUUGCUGCUGAUUGCCAACGCAGGUACCCCUGGAGCAGGUCACACAGACAAACUGGGUCGUCUGAAAGAGUUGUGUGAUCAGCACAGUAUAUGGCUUCAUGUGGAGGGGGUCAACCUUGCAACCUUGGCACUGGCUCAGGUCACCUCUGCUGUCAUGGCAGCCACCAGAUGUGACAGCAUGACUCUGACACCGGGGCGGUGGCUGGGACUGCCUGCAGUAACCGCUGUCACCCUCUACAGGCAUGAAGACCCGGCCCUGUCUCUGGCAGCAGGUUUGACCUCCAGCCAGCCUGUGGAGAAGCUGCGAGCUCUGCCUCUGUGGCUCUCCCUGCAGCACCUGGGCCACAACGGUAUUAUUGAAAAGAUCAGACAUGCCGCAGCUUUGAGCCAGCAACUCCUGCUGAAGCUGAAAUCUGUGGCCUGUAUCAGAAUAUCGGACGGGCCCGAGAAAGAGAUCUCUCUCAUUGAGGCUUUGAAAAUGGUGGAAGAGGAACCAAACUCUCCUGUUGUGCUGUUUAAGUUUUCCCAAGAGCUGUGUGCUGGAUCGAGUGGGGGCUCCGUGGAUGGUUUCUGUGCUGGAGAGAAGGAAGUGCUGGAUACAUUCAACAGAUGGCUGGGUGACCAGCUUGCUCAGCUGGUUCCCUCUAGUGGAGUGGAUGUGGUGGAGCUUGAAGACGAAGGGACCUGUGUUCGUUUCAGCCCCCUCCUCACAGCUGCAGUGCUGGGUACCCAACAGGAGGAUGUUGAUGAGUUGGUGCAGAAGCUCGUGGAGCUGGUACCAAUGAUGUCAUCCACAAUGAACUUAAGACAAGACUUCAGAGAGGAGACCCACCGCCGUGCACCCUUACUCACAUACAUAGAGGAACUCAGCUGGCCUGGUCUGGGAGCAGUCCGGUAUGAAUCCCAGGCUGAAGGAUUAGAUGAAAGCAGGAGGAAAGAGGAGGUGAAGAAAAUAAACAAUGCACUUCUGACGAAACUACAAGAGCUUGACACAGACAUCAUCUUCUCCACAGGUCCUGAGUUUGUGACAGAAGAGGACUGCAUCUUUGUAGGCAUGGUCACUGAUGACAUUGAUGUAUCAGAGCUGGUGGAAACGAUCUCUGCGCUGGGGACAGACAUCGAGGAGAGCGGCAGGUUACUGGAGAACAUGACUGAGCGGGUGAGGAAAGGCAUCUUGGAGGCAGAGCUGCAGCUGCAGAGGGCCAAUGAGGAGAAACUCAUAGAGGAGGGCAUGCUGAGACAGCUUCCUCUGGUUGGAUCUGUGUUGAACUGGUUUUCUCCUGUUGAAAGCUCCAUAAAGGGAAGGACCUUUAACCUGGCAGCAGGUUCUCUGGAUUCCACAGAUGUGACUUACUCCACCAAAGUCCAGGCAGGCAGGACUCCCCUGCAAGAAACUCCCACCCUUACAUCAAAGAGGCUGCCAGGUCAGAGGUUAUUUCGGCGUCCAGGUGCAGGUUCUGACUCGAUGAGUGAGACCAGCUCAAUUGGACCGGCUGAUGAGACAUCCAGAGAGGAGGGCACCACAGUCAGCACUAACAUCCACCCUUCCAUGUCUCAGCCUGAGACACUGGGUCAAGCUGCAAGUGAUGUAAGACCACCAAACAUCCCAGGGACACCAGAGCAGGCAGAAUCCGAGGAGGAGAGACAGCCUGAGGGCCAAGAGGUGGAUCUGAGUGGGAGAUAGGUCAACUCUGUCUCCAGGUCUCCUUCAUCCGUCCUGUACGUGCAGCCAGUCCAAUAUGUUGUAAAAUGAGAGGCCAAGGAUAAAGGUUCUGCAGGAUCUAUAGGGAAAGCUGGAGAACAUCAGCUGGGCUGUUUAUAUCUCUCAUUUCAAGGUUUCAGGGUGCCAAAAAAGCAAGCCAGUCCACCUGUGUGGUUCACUGUGAACUCAGAUCAGUGCAUUUCUACUUAUUCUAAUCGGAUAGUCUUCCUCUCUUCUACCAGCACUGCUUUGACCAGGGUGCUUCUCCACAUCCCUCACAACGAUCGGCCACUCCUUCAUACACCCCUGAGAAAAAAGGAAAGUGACGAGACAAAAAGUUAGUCACUAUAAUGACUCUGUGAAUUUUAGAUUAAAAGAAGUAGGCACAUUGCACUUGGAAUUGUUUUUGUAGUCUUUCCAGUGAAUGGAUCCUAGGAAUCCAAAUGAGCACAACUCACACCAGUUAACAUGUUUAAAUUCCUCACUUGACCCAUUUUCAUCUAAUAAAUUCAGAUCAAAUAUUUACAUUUAGGAACAGAAGGAUAUUAUUAGAUAUUUAAUAUAUUAUGACUAUUCCAACAAUGUUCUCCUUGUAAAACCUGGACCACAUUAUUCAGGCAGGUUAACCUCAACAGUAGAACAGUUUUUUGGAGAGAAAAACAGAAAUCAUUAGAAAAGCCAAAAUCAGGUGAAGUUUAUGCCCAGAAUGAUUUAAAUGGAAACAUCUGACCACAGCUGUAGUCAUUUCUGAAGCCAUGAUCCAUGAGAAAGAAUAGGUGGCUUCAAAAUGACCCAUAAGGAUGAAUCCAGACACGUAUUUGAAAAGUUUGAUUUAUGUAAGAUCUAUUUUCUGGGCUACUAUAAUUAACCUGCAUCUAGACACAACAAAAAAAGAUUAUAAAAAUGUACUGAAAUAAGAAAAGAUUAAACCUGAAGAAGAAUCUUGAGUUUUGUCUGAAAAUGAAACCGAAUUGUAGUGCUGGCCUUAUUUUCACUACCACAGGGUUGCAGACAUGCAGAUAAUCAACUCCACACAUUCUGUCAUUGUCUGCCAUAUGAAACCCAACAUCUCCUCAUUCUGAACUUUAAACCCACAGACCAUUUUGUGCUUUUACAACCAAGUAAGUUCAGAUUUAUUCAACUUAAUUGAAAACAUGUUUCUUAUGAUCUUUAAACAUAACUACUGAUAUCAGAAAUUUUACACUUAACAUGUAAAACCAAAACCAUUUUGCAGCUUAACUCUGUUGCAGCUUGGAGAAAUAAAAUAAAAUUCUCUGAGCACAGCUUCAUUUUUUACUCUGAGGGUUAGGGUUUGGGGUCUUUUUUAUUUGGCAAAAUAUUUUUUGUAAGUACUGUGUAAUGGCCCAAGUACAUGGGAUGGUUUGGGUGUUUCUGCUUUGUUUUCCGUUUUUGGUUUUACCAUAUAUUUGAACGUUUGAGUCACUUAUGCUAAAUGUCUUUUGUUCUCUCCUAAAGGCUGGUUUAUUGGGAGCAUAUGCACUUUAAUAAUGUUUCUAACAAACUAAUCGGUUUUCCAUGAUCUAUUUACAGUCCAAUUCAAACGUGUUCGUACCUCUUGAACAGUUCAACAUCUUGAAACUCUACACUCUCAAACAUGAAUGUGUUUCCUUGUGAUUUAAUGUGAUAGGCCAACACCAGGUAGUGCAUUAUAAAGAGCGGAAGUUAAGUGAUGCAGGUUUUUUUUUUUUUUUUCAUCUGAAAACUUUAAACAUUUGUAUUAGGUGACAUGUAAUGGCAGCUGGUUGCACUUGUUUAUAUGAAGGGGUGUCAGAGUAAAAGCGUGCUGAAUAUAAAUGCAAACCACAUAUUUAGGAAUUGUAUUUUUGAUCAAAUUUGAAAAAAACAUGCCAUUUUCACAUUGAUGUCUUACUUUGUGUUGGUCAAAAACAUAACAAAAUUCCAAUAAAAUACAUUAAGGUUUGUUGUUAUACCAUGGAAAAGUUCCAGGGUGUUAAUAGUUUUGGAAGGGACUGUACACUGCCCUGUGAAGGCCUGCUGAUCUAUACAGGUAGCACGCUCCUUCCCCUCACUACUGACUGCCCCACUGCUACCCUGCAUGGGUUAACUACUGCUAGGACAUGGGUGGAUGUAUGGUACUGUUGGAGUGGGGAUACUGCACUGGCAUAACAUACGUAAUGUACUAAUUAUCCCAAAGUUCCUUCCUGAAUAAGAUCUGUCUGACUAUGAUCAAAAGGUUUAUUUCAAUUAAAUGGUGGUCUAAUAUCUAACCAUGAAACAUGUUUUGAAUUGACCAAUUCAAAGGUUAGGUUGUUUUGAGGUGGAGAUAUAUGACCUACUGUUAAGCAGUCAUCUUUCCUGCAGCAAACAUUGCUCAAGUAUCAGUAAGUUUGAUGAUGAAAUGCAUCAUGGGUAUAUUAUUUUGAAAUGAGGUAAAUUAUUAUUUUGUCAUAAGAUGCAGUUUAACAAAAUACGAUAAACAUCAACUUACCAGUAAAGCCGUAUAAUUUUUUACACACCAUGUAGCGAUUGGACUUGAGGUGAAUAUUGACCUAUGACAACUGCAACGCUCUGCAGUUUGCUAGCAAAAGUUAGCCAUAUAUAAAGGUAGUAAACAUGGCCUGACAGAGUUACUAAUGCGAAACUAUUGCAUAAUAAAAGUCAAAAAAAUAUAGAUGGGAUUAAAGUGAAUGAUGAUUUAUUGAGGGCCUCCUGAGAGAAUCGGAAGCCCCUAUUUGUGCAUCCAGCCUGAACUUGUUAAUUGUUACAAAUAAGAUACUGACUGCUCAUCACUUCACCACAAAACCCUAUCUCAAAAUAUUCUAACCAUUUCUUUAAAUGUGUUCAAACUGUUGUGCUUGACUGUAAACUUGAAACAUGUUGGAGAAAAUGUCUUAGAAUGAAGGCCAGGAACUCUGAUUUGACCGGACCUUUGCUGGCCAAAAAAGGGAGAAUGAAGGUUCCCCCAGAGUUGCACAUGUUCUGUAGAUAAUUAUUUUACUACUGGACUGUAUUUGUUUUUUUCUAUGGUGUAAAUGAAGCAGAAUUUUCUUAAUGAUUCUUUCUGUCUUGGGAUUCUAAUGGAAAAUAUAAAUGAUUAUAAACUUUUUGACUGGAAAAGAA